AUGGAAGAAGAAGAAGAUUCUGGCGUCUGCUCACCACCUUUAUGGAACAAUGUCCCACAGAAAAUUCCGUCGGAUCGGCCGCUUCUACACCACAAUAGGGUGCAGGACAUUGUUAGAGGGCAGGGGGAACUUAUGGAGAUGGUCAAGAAUUGGCCUGAGUCCUCUUAUGAGCUCUCCUUGAAAGAUUUUGUAGAGCCGUCUAUGAUAGAAACUCAAGAUCAAGAUCAAGAAGAGGGAUCAGAUAAAUUGACAAAAAAUCAUGAUAAUCAAGUACCAGAUCAGAGGAUGAAAGUGAAAAGGCAAGAGAGUAUGAUCAAAGAGAAGAGGGCAAAGAUGAUUAGAUAUGGAAGUAUCGGUAACAUGGGAUUAUUCCUCAAAAUGAGGUGUCAUCAAAGGGGACUGACAAGGAGUGGUGGAAGAAAAGAUUUACGUGUUCAAGUAACAGUGAUAAUAGCAGAACAAGCAAUUCCAACGGAAGUACAGGAAGCAGCAGCAGCAGUGGUGGCAGCUAUGGCAGCAGGAGAAAGAAUGGCUUCUUAUCCAGUUGCUGGUCCUGCUUCCACUCAAAAUAAAAGUAUACUAUUUGAAGAGAAACUUGCAGUGCAAGUUUUCUACAUUCUCUGUGUAAUGGAAGAUCUGAUAAUUCUUUUCUAUAGCUACUACUACUGCUGUACUGCAUUCGACGUCGAUCGUGAAAAUCUUGGCCUUACGGGCUUAUAA